AUGUCGUCAAAUGCAUUAUCAAAUGGACAUCAAACUUUACCUCCAACUUCUGAUCGCAAACCCGAGUCUGCCGAAUCUUCGAAAGCAACCGUGAAGAAAAAGACGUCUUCUAGGAAAAGUUAUCGACAUACAACUGCUGUACACACUACGGUCGCUGCCUCUGUACUGUCAAAAGAAGCACCUCCGGCGAGUUAUCGUGGAUUUAUGAAUUUAGCAAUGCUCAUUCUUGCCGCUAGUAAUGUUCGAUUGAUCAUUGAGAAUUAUCUUAAAUACGGAUUUCUAAUGUCUAGACCGGGUACUUUUGUGCCUCCUUCAGACUAUAUUCUAUUUUCAAUUACAUUCAUUGCUCUGCCAUUCAAUUUAUUCUUUGCAUAUCUCAUUGAGAAAAUGGCAGUCAAACCCUUUCUCGCUGAAUUAAAGAGAGUUAAAGCCCAAGAUCAACAACCAACGCUGACUCCCAAAAUUUUAUCCGUCAAUCGACGAGCAGGCAUUUUGCACAUCAUUAACAUCACCAUCACAAUAUUAUAUCCGACGCUGAUAGAUCUUCGUCUUAAUCAGGUAUCCUCGCAGGAUAAGAAUCUGGAAUCCCCUUACACUGUUGCUUACCCUAACAACAUUACGUUUGGUGAUAUCUUAUAUUUCUGGUUUGCCCCGACGCUUUGCUAUCAGCCAUCAUAUCCGAGAGCAUCUCAAAAGUUUAGAUUGGGUUUCUUUUUAAAAAGAGUGGGAGAAAUAUUAAUUGCAUGUACGAUGAUGUAUUUCUUAAUUGAGCAAUAUGCCAAUCCUACCUUGAAGAACAGCGUUCGCGCUAUGGAUGAGCUGGCGUUGGUUAAUAUAGUUGAAAGGUUGCUAAAGUUGAGCACUACGAGUCUGCUCAUCUGGCUGUUAAUGUUUUAUGCCUUUUUCCAUAGUUAUAUGAAUGUAUUAAGUGAGGUUUUGGAAUUUGGAGAUCGUACUUUCUAUCUCGAUUGGUGGAAUUCGGGAUCCUUGGAGACCUACUGGCGUCUGUGGAAUAGACCAGUUUAUCAUUGGUUCAAGCGUCAUGUGUAUCUUCCGUUGGUCGGCCAAGGCGUCCCGCCCAUGGUUGCAACAUUGACCGUAUUUACCAUUUCUGCUGCUCUCCACGAACUUAUGGUUGGAGUACCAACUCAUGCUAUAAUGGGAUAUGCAUUUGGGGGAAUGAUGGCUCAGAUUCCAUUGAUUACUCUGUCUAAGCCUCUGGAAAAAUGGAGAGGCAAAGGUUCAACUUUGGGCAAUGUGUUAUUCUGGGUCAGUUUCUGUCUAGUCGGACAACCAGCGUGCGUUCUUCUUUAUUAUUAUCAGUGGGUAAUCACGCAUCGCGUUGAACCAGCUUAA